AUGGAGUUGCCCUGGAUCUUUAGCCAAAGGAAGUAUCCCCAAACAAAGGGCAAAGCCUGCACAGCCUCCUUAAGAAGCUUCGUGGUCCUGGUGCUGCUCCAGAGCUGCUCUGCGUACAAACUGGUCUGUUACUACAGCAGCUGGUCGCAAUACAGGGACAGUUUGGGGAGCUGCUUCCCAGAUGCCAUCGACCCCUUCCUGUGCACCCACGUCAUCUACAGCUUCGCCAACAUAAGCAACAACGAGAUCGACACCUGGGAGUGGAAUGAUGUCACCCUCUAUGACACGCUGAACAUGCUCAAGUUAAGGAACCCCAACCUGAAGACCCUCUUAUCCGUUGGAGGAUGGAACUUUGGUUCUCAAAGAUUUUCCAAAAUAGCAUCCGAGUCCGGGAGUCGCAGGACUUUCAUCAAGUCGGUGCCACCGUUUCUGCGAACCCACGGCUUCGACGGGCUGGACUUGGCCUGGCUCCACCCUGGGCGGAGAGACAAGAGCUACUUCACCAUGCUGGUCAAGGAAAUGAAGGCUGAGUUCGCUAGGGAAGCCCAGGAGGAAACAAAGCAGCAGCUGCUGCUCAGUGCCGCUUUGUCCGCGGGGAAGGUGACCAUCGACAGUGGCUACGACAUCACCCAGAUAUCCCCACACCUGGACUUCAUCAGCCUCAUGACCUAUGACUUUCACGGAGCUUGGCGUCAGACCACAGGCCAUCACAGCCCCCUGUUCCGAGGCCAGAUGGAUGCGAGCUCUGACAGAUUCAACAACGCUGACUAUGCAGUGGGCUACAUGUUGAGGCAGGGGGCCCCAGCGGACAAGCUGGUGAUGGGCAUCCCGACCUUUGGAAGGAGCUUCACCGUGGCCUCCUCCAAUUCCGGUGUGGGGGCCCCAAUCUCAGGGCCCGGAUUGCCAGGCAUCUUCACCAAGGAGGAAGGGACCCUGGCCUACUAUGAGAUCUGUGACUUCCUCCACCAAGCCACGGUCCACAGACUCACUGACCAGCAGGUCCCCUAUGCCACCAAGGGCAACCAGUGGGUGGGGUACGAUGACAAAGAGAGCGUCCAAAAGAAGGUGCAGUACCUGAGAAACAGGCAGCUGGCCGGCGCCAUGGUGUGGGCUCUGGACUUGGAUGACUUCCGGGGUGCCUUCUGCGGCACAGGCGUGCACUUCCCUCUCACCGGCGCCAUCAAGGACGCGCUCAUCGCAGCUUAACCUCUGUCUUGCACACCGUGGGGUUAGGGGGCAUCCCUGUGGCCCAGAGCCUCACAGCCCGCCCUGUGGAGUGCCUGACUGAGCCUCAGUCUCCCUCCCUUGGACCCCACGCAGACGGCCACAGAGGAGCCGUCUGAGCUCCGCUCCAGGGGACCAGCAGGCAGAGGUGGGGCCGUGGGCGGCUAAGGCCGCGGGGGCCAGCACACUGUAAGACACAGGGUCAGCACAUGCCUGCUGACUUGUGAAAAUGCCCCAUGACCCCAGCCCUACACAAGGAGAUUUCUUAGACUCCCUUACCCCCAGGUCUCCUUGCCAAAGGGCACUUUGGCCAGCACGAGCAGCCAAACAACUCUCACGAAGUAGCCACCACACUAAUUACACCCUCCGCAAAGCCCCACUUGAAGCCUGCACCCAGCAAUGGGAUCCCGUGGCCCCUCCCGCUUCCCUUUGCUAAUUCUGCAGCUGCUGCUCAAUAAAGCUCCAGAACCCAGGGCUACCCACA